AUCUACUUGUUGCACUUUGGAUUCAUUUCCUCGACACUGAUUUGGUUUUUGGGCUGGUGUGAAAACAGCAACAUGGUACGAGUGUGUUUUCUGAUUGUUAUUGCUAGUUUUCAUUUGGAAGUACAUGGACUUGGUGAUGAGACUAAAGAAGAAAACUCAGGAGGCGUAUUCGUGACCCAACAGGUAGCACACAUGGUGCUUCCUCGCCAGAGAAGACACAACAGUGGUCAUGUGGAAGAAGUGUUUCAAAAAGCCAACCUGGAGCGAGAAUGUAAAGAGGAAGUGUGUUCGUUUGAGGAGGCCAGGGAGGUGUUUGAGGAUGAUGAGAAAACUAAUGAGUUCUGGACUCUCUAUGUUGAUGGUGAUCAGUGUAAACCACAACCUUGCCAGAAUGGAGGUGAGUGUGUGGAUGGAAUCAGCUCUUAUACUUGCUGGUGCAAACCAAAUUACAGCGGCAAAAACUGUGAGAUUUAUAUGACAAAGCUGUGCUCAAUCAACAAUGGUGGCUGUUUACAUUUCUGCGUGAUGGAAAAUCAGCGAGCUGCGUGUCACUGCGCUGCUGGUUAUAAACUGGGGACAGACAAGAAAUCCUGUGAACCAUUAGCUCAGUUCAGUUGUGGUCGUGUGGUUCUGUCCCAUGGUUCUGUUACCAGGUCCUUAAUGAUGUCAGAAUACAUGCCUCAGAAUGCUUCAACACUGAAUUCCACCAAUGACACCAGCAAAAGUGAUGACCUCAGCCUUUUGCCACCUUUGACGGCGCUGUCAGACAUCUUUCUGGACUUUGACACAAAUGCGAGCUCAGUGGACCUGGACUAUGGUCCUACUUUGAGUCCAGAUGAGACAGAAGAGCUGAAUGACACUGAGAUGACUCUGGGGGGUUUCUCCAACCCCCCCAACACCACAGCUGAAAACAACCCCAACCGGAGGAUUGUGGGAGGAAAUGAAGCCAUCCCUGGGGAGAUCCCUUGGCAGGUGACACUGAUGUCUCCCUCAGCGUCUCUUGGCAGAGCGCUGUCCUUCUGUGGGGGCUCUCUGCUCAGUGAAUUAUGGGUUAUCACUGCCGCUCAUUGUCUGAAGGAUCCCGAUCACACCAGAGAAUAUUUCUUCGUCAGAGCUGGUGAGCAUGAUGUGACUGUGCAUGAGGGUCCAGAGAGAGACCACGAAGUAGUCGAGCAGCAUGUGCACCCCAUCUAUGACUACACAGUGUCCCGGUACAACCACGACAUAGCCCUGCUGAAGCUCGCCACUCCGGUAGAGCUGUCCAACAAGAGGCGUCCCAUUUGUCUGGGUCCCAAAGACUUUAUACAGACCCUACUGAGAGAGUCUACGAGCUCUCUGGUGAGUGGUUGGGGACGGCAACAAUUCCUUGGCCGUGAAGCUAACAAACUUCAGAAGCUUUCCAUCCCACAUGUGGAUCGAACCCUGUGCAAACAGAGCAGCAGCGAGCGCAUCACGCGCUUCAUGUUCUGCGCCGGAUAUCCAGACGGAGAGAAGGAUUCGUGUCAGGGGGACAGCGGCGGGCCACACGCCACCAGUUAUAAAGGCACCUGGUUCCUGACAGGCAUCGUCAGCUGGGGGGAGGAGUGUGCCAGGAAGGGGAAAUAUGGCAUCUACACCAGAGUCUCGCGGUACUACAAAUGGGUCAGUGAGACAACCGGGAUCACAGAGACCCAAUAAUAAACAAAUUAAUAAAAUCAUAUCUUGCUUUUCACAA